AUGACAAACCAAGAAAUAAUUUUAACUGAAGAGGAAAUAAAAGAACUAAUUGAAGCUAACGAAGAAGUUAAAAGACUACAACCACUAACAACUAGUUUAGAGAAAGAGAGGAAUGAAUUGCUUGAAAAAAUUAAGGAAUUAGAAGAAAGAGUAGAAGAGUUAUAUGAUGAAGGAGAUGAACAAGUGUGUAACUUCUGUCUCCUAGAUUUUGAUGACCCAACUCUCCUUAAUUUUGAUACUGCUCUUGCUACUCAUCAAAUGGUGGCUCGUAAUACUCCUGAUGGCUAUUCUGACAUUGUCUUUAUCUGUGGUGAAUCUAAAUCAACUAAAUCACUUUCUGACAAAGAACUACUUUCACAAGCCUUCAGUUUUCGUCUAGAAAAUAAAACUAGAGAACUAGAAAAAGAGUUAUCAAUUACCAAUGAAGAAUUAAAAGUUGAAAGAGAAGAAGAGUUAUUAGAUAAGAUUAAACAACAAGAAACAGAAAUUAUUAAGUUGACCCAGAAAAUUGAACAAUUGAAAACUUUAAUCCCUCAAGAGUUAGUCAAUAAGUUAAAUGCUUAUGAGGCAGAGAAUGAGAAAUUAAAGAACCAGUUAGAACAAUUACAACAGAAUGAAGAUAAGAAAUCUGGAAAAGAUUGUGUAUCAUCUAUAUCCCUAAAUCAUAUUAUCGAUUCAUCUAAUAAUGAAGUAUUCAAACAAGUUAAUGAUACAUUAAAUGAAAGUCAAAUUGAAUGGCUCAAUAUGGUUCUCCGAAAAAAAUCUUGGAAACAAACAGAUGAAUUUCAACAGUAUAUAAGCCAAUUCACCGAGGAUAUGUGUGAUAGAGUAAACAUUCCAAUUUUGGUUCGGGAGUCAUUUGUUUCAAAGGGAUCAUUUAAUUCUUAUCGUCAUAAAGCUCAUGAUAUCGUGCAACAGAUUUUGACACAUUUUUCCGUCCGCCUAGAAGCACCAAUGAGAAUCGAAUCCAAUAGCCUUGACCUUGAAAGAACAUAUGCAAUAGACAUCACAGUAUAUAUUCUAAAUCGAUUAUUUAGAAUGCAUCAAGAUGUAGUGGAUAAUGGAUGGAUUGAGCUGACCACUCCCGACACAAAAAACCACAAGAUUGAUGAACUUUUCAAAGUGAUUAAGACGACACAAAAAAAUCAAGCUAUAAUUAUUGUCGAGUUUUCGUUUGGUAGAAGAGCACCUUUAACAAAAGAAGAUAACGAUCAGGUCAAAUUAUGUCGAAAUUCAAUGCGAAUUUUGAAUAAGCUACUACAAAGUGUGCCUAAGGACAAAGCACGCGUUUAUCUAAUACAAGCAGUCAACGGCUAUAUCAUUAUCAAGUAUCUAGUCCGUCCUUUACCAUUAAUAUAUAUUCUUCAUCAGUUUGCACGUAUCAGAAUACCUGUAUCCUUUGACGAUUUUGAACAGUUUGCUAAAGAUAUGGCAUACUUGAUGACAAUCAAUAAAGAACCAACUGGAGAUAACAAUAUCCAUAUAACAUCAGUGCAGAAUACUCCAGCAAAGAAAAGGAAUGAUAAAAAUCAGCCUUUACCUUCAUCACCUAAAUCCCCAUCACCUGGAUCUCCAUUACAAAGAUCUGAUUUAUUUUCAUAUUUAGAAUAG